ACUAGUUUUAAUAUUAUAGCUACAUCAUUUUUUAAAAGAUAAAUGAGUUUUGUUAUUGUUUCAAGGGUUAGAAUAUGUUUACAAACGAUAUUGAGUGACUUUCCAUCAUGGAAAAUAAAUCGAGACCACAUACUCACGGACGAGAAAAAUUCAAACAAAAUGAAGAAGUAGAACUGUCCAGCAGAAAGCCACAGACUAAAUAUGUACUUCCUAGUCCAAAUGGUAUCAGUGUUACUGCUUCAGGAAGUGAAGCGAAAAUUUCACCUACGAAAAAGAUUUCAAGUACACAGCCCUCCACGAACGCUGACAACACCUACAAAUGCCACUACCUAGCAAACUUAAUUUUAAAGCUCCUGCUUAACGAUAACGUCGAAGAUUUCAAGUUGUCAUCCAGUACAAAGCAGUUUGAUUCCUUCAACGACAUUGUGGUUAAAAUUAAAGCCAAAAAUCGAACCGAAACAUUCGUUUUUCUGUUGAAACCUGUGAGCGAACCAACACAAAUAAUCGAAAUAUUAAAGAAAACAACAAAAGGAGAUUUUGACAUCGGUGAAAACUGUGAGGUAAAUCAACCUCGUAACUUAGUGGUGUACUAUAAAGACAAUACGAAGACCAUAAGCCAGUUUAAGUCUGACAAACUGAAGACAAAUCAAUCCAGUGAACUGAUACAAAGUUUGCAUUCUGGACGUUGUCUCACGUUCAAAGCGAAUGAAGAAAAUUUUUAUCUUUACACUGAUCAGUUAGGUGUUCAAGAACUCAGAAAAUGUGCAUUGAAAACAUUCAAGAAGUUUUUCAGCAGCGACGAGUCUGCUUUCCAGGAAUAUGUCCAUUUUAUAACUCGGUGUACUAGAAAUAAAGGAAAAAUUUUCGAAUUGGAUCAAAUGUGGAUGAGGCAGGUGAUAGCCCUUUGUGUGUUUUCACCUAUUAUUAAACCACUGUCUUUUGUUGACGGUGGAUCUGUCAGCAAAAACAGAAAAAUUUUUCGAGAAGCCACUUCAAAAUUUUGCUUUACUGUCAUAAAGAAAACGAAUUUCGAAAAAAUCGAAUCUGUGUGGUCGGAUGUUGUUGCUAGUUUGGAAGACGUGGAAGAAGUGAACAGGGUAAACAACAAAAAUCAGAUUAUAGAAGAAGUGAUCAAAACAAAGAAGAGUCUUUAUACCAACGAAGCAUCGAAAGUAACAAAGUUGAUGUGGUUGCUGGGGAAAAGUCCUUUAGUCGUGGAAGGAAGCCCACAGGUUUAUCAAACGAUAAAAAUAUGUCAAACUAAAAACCUUAUCGUGCUGGAUGAUCAAGAAAACUGCCAUCUUAGCACUAAAAGUGAUCAGGAGUUUCAAAAGUUGUCGGAUUUAAAAUCGAACGAACAAUUAUACGAAGAAAUUGUUAACAAUUUCACCUACUCUUUGGAGGGUCAGAAAGCAACCACACUGAAAGACCUGUUCAAAAUUUGCAACGACGUUGAUAAUUUUAUUACUGUUGAUAACAUCGUCGAGAUGUUGGAAUCUCCUUUGUUGAUCGGUAGUCAAAAGGAAGUUUUGCCAUCCAGUUACAUCAACAGAAAACUAACCAAGAUAGCAAUAGAUGUUAAAUUUUUGGAGGAGAUGGAUGCAAAAACUGUAGCUUUAGUUUCACGAGUCGAAGAUAUUAACACUUUCGUACAACGUGGACUUCCAGAAUCAGAAAUCAGAACAAUAAUCGACAUAGACAGUGCUAAGCAAAUCGAACACCACAAGAUUUACGUUUGUAGGAAUGACGUUUCACAAGAACGAUUUACUACUUUGUGUGGAAACAACCCCGAGGUACGAUUCCAUCACUUCAGAUAUCUGGAUGGUAACCAUUUGGAGUGGAUCAGGAGCGACGAUUUCAACGAACUUGAAAAUUUUCGGGUGGACCCCGAAUCAAGUGAAUAUGUUCAACAAGCGUCACAAGUUUUCAACCACAGUGAACAACCCAUCAAUAUUAUUUGUGCCAACCCUGGCAUGGGAAAAAGCACACUGAUGAAGAGUUUGAAAAACAACACUUGUUCCUCAAAGUGGACCAUUUUAAUUUACGCCAGAAACCACGCUUUAUAUUUUGGAAAGAACGAAUUCAAAGUAGACAAGUUUCUAAAAUAUUUUCUGGAAGUUGUGUUUCAAAAAUACACAAAUCCGUUGCACCAAAAAGUUUUCAAAGCAAUGGUGGAGGAGAAGCAGAUACAGUUAAUAUGGGACGGACUGGACGAAAUUUCUGGGGGUAUGUUGACUUCGCUGUUAACCCUGGUGGAAAAAAUAUCCAAUCAAGGUAUAAAACAAUGGUUAACGUGUACAAAUGACUUGAAAACUCGAGUGGAAAGUAGGCUGAAGGCGUUUUCACGAAAUUUGAAGCAGUUGGAGGAUGAAGAGCGAAAAGAAUACGUCGAAAGUCGUCUACGAGUCCCCGAGAAGGAGCUUUCUAGAAUUUUUCCUAAAAUAAAGAACAAUAUAGAGAGUUUUCCCAACAGCGACAUUUUGGGGAUUCCGAUGCAGAUGUACAUGCUGACGGAGUUGCUUUUGAACAACAAAAAAAAGUAUCUCGGUUUGUUAGACGGUAUUUUUACGGUUCUAGAUUUAUACGAGCAUUUUAUAGAAAUUGUUUUGUACCGAAAUAAAAAAGAAACCGCAUUAUGGAAUGAACAGGAUGCUCAAAAUUUAAAGGAGGUUAAAAUCAAACUUUAUAAAAGCAUUGCUGCUACUUUAUUUAAAUUUAUCAAAUUUCCUUACAACAAAGACACUAAAAAGUUUCUCAAGACAAUUAAAAGUGUGGGAGAUGACGCAGGGUUGAUAAGUCGGGUGCCAAAUGAUAACGAAGCCGAAUUUACUCACAACUCGUUUGGUGAAUAUUUUGCCGCUUUGUACUUAUUCGAAAAUGAAGCUUCUAAAGCACGCCACAAAAAAUUUGUUGUGGGUGGUCGUUAUAACAAUAUUCGAUUUUUUUUGGAUUUAAUGUUAGCCAAAAAUUCUAAAUGUUUAGUAGCCGUAAUAUACAGGAAUCCUACAAUUUUGGAAGAGUGUACAGAUGAAGAUUUAAGUCAGAAAGAUGUCAUCGGGCGUGAUGUUUUGAAAGUGGCUUCUGCCUGGACUAAGACUUUUCCAAUUGGAGUGGAAAGAACUCUGCUUUUAAAUAUCAACACGUUGGAAAAUAAAGGUAUGCAUUAUCGUGAAGAACGCAAAAGAUUUUCUAAGUUUGACCCAUCGCUCGCUUCCUGUUUUAAGAAGUUGAUGAUUUUCUUCCCGUUUCUUAUACCUUUCUUCGACGAGAGUGAGUUCACCGAAGAGUAUUCACCCACCGUCUUGUACUACGCAAUCCGGUUUGAUUUUCUGAUGAUUUUCGAAUGCUUGGAAAUGUCUCCUUCGCUCAAAAACGCAUACAACAAGUUAAAUCCAGGGAACAUUCUAGCUCUAGCGCUCUACAGCAGAUCGAGACGAAUUUUACAGAAACUCUUUUCCGAACAACGAGACUUUUUUGAGUGGGAUUUUUUGGAACAACUACCGAUUUCGAACUCUGAGAUUGACGAAAUAUUUGUUUUUGUGUUACAAAUGCCGGAAUUUAGGGUAGAGGUUCCGAAUUCUAGAGGUCAGUCCCUGGUACAUUAUGGGUGUGAGAAAAAUUUGCCCAAAACGUUGCGUUUGUUAAUUCUGAAAGAUGCCAAACUGCAUGUUCCGGAUAAAAGGGGUAGAGUUCCCAUGUGUAUUGCGUAUGAUAAUGGUCACUGGGAUGUAUUAAAACUGCUGGUAGCGAAUGUUACGAAAAUCGAUUUUUGGGAUGAUAAUGGUCGGCUGCCCAUGCACCAUGCAUGCAUUAGGGGAGAUUUGGAUACAAUGCAGCUUUUGGUGUCGAAUGGUAUCCAAGUGAAUGUUUCGGACGGAGAUGGUCUGCAGCCAAUUCAUUAUGCAUGUAACGUGGAAAAAUUUCCAAGGACGAAUGGUGAUAAAGAAGUAUCAAAUAUGGUACGAUUCCUGAUAGAUCAUGGUACGAAUGUGAAUGUUCCGGGUCGAAAUGGUCAGUUACCUAUUCACUAUACUUGUCAGAAUGGAUACUUAGACACAACGAAAUCACUCAUAGUGAACGGUGCCAAAGUCAACCAUCCAGAUGGAAAUGGUCGAUUACCCAUUCAUCAUGCUUGUGAAAACGAACAUCUAGAUCUAGUAGAACUGUUGCUACGAACUGGUGCCAGAUUGGAUGUUCCUGAUAAGGAUGGUCGGCUGCCAAUUCACUACGCGUGUGAAAAAGGACACUGUGACAUAGUAGAUUUACUGAUAACGAGUGGAGCAAAAGAAGAUGUACCAGAUGGAGAUGGUCGACUGCCCAUCCACUACGCUUGCGCACAAGAACAUCUAAAUCUAGUAGAAUUGCUGAUUAGAAAUGGUGUGAAUGUGAAUGUUCCUGAUAAAUCUAGACGACGUCCAAUUCAUUAUGCGUGCGAAAAAGGACAUUGUCCUGUAGUAAAUUUACUGAUCAAAAGUGGUGCAAAAGAAAAUGUUCCAGAUGGAGAUGGUCGUCUGCCCAUACACUACGCUUGCGAAAAAGAACUAGAUCUAGUAGAAUUGUUGAUAAAAAAUGGUGCGAAAAUGGAUGUUCCUGAUAAGGAUGGUCGGCUGCCAAUUCACUACGCUUGCGAAAAAGAACAUCAAGGUAUAUUAAAACUGUUGAUAAAUAAUGGUGCGAAAAUAGAUGUUCCUGAUAAAUAUGGCCGACUGCCAAUUCACUGUGUUUGUGCAACAGAACAUCUAGAUCUAGUAGAACUGUUGAUAAAGAAUGGUGCGAAAGUGGAUGUUCCUGAUAAAAAUGGCCGGUUGCCAAUUCAUUAUGCGUGCGAAAAAGGGCACUCUGUUGUGGUCGAUUUGUUGAUAAAGAGUGACGUAAAGCUAGAUGUUUCCGAUGGAAGUGGUCGGCGUCCUAUACAUUAUGCGUGCGAAAAUAGUCAUUCGAAUAUUGUAAAAAUACUAGUGGAGAAUUCUGCAGAGUUGAAUGUUCCCGAUCAAAAAGGUUGGCUGCCAAUUCAUUAUGCGUCUGGAAAUAACUACUUGGAUCCACUAAGACUACUGAUGACCCAUUCCGUGAAAAUAGAUGCACCCGAUGAAGAUGGACGUCGGCCCAUUCAUUAUGCGUGCGAAAAAGGGUAUUUAUUAACAACAAGUUUACUCAAAACAUCUGGUGCGAAACUGGAUGUUGUGGAUAAAAGUCAUCGGCUGCCGAUUCAUUAUGCGUGUCAGAGUGGAUAUUUAGGUGUAGUCAAACUGCUGAUAGCUAGUGGUGUAGCGCUGGAUGUUCCUGAUGAUAAUGGUUGGCUGCCGAUUCAUUAUGCGUGCGAAGUUGGCCAUUUAGAUACAAUAAAUUUACUGAUAACGAGUGGUUCGGAAGUGAAUGUUCCUGAUGGAGAUGGUCGUUUGCCCAUUGACCACGCCCGAGAAAAAGGACAUCUGGACUGUGAGAAUUUACUUGAAGGAAAUGGUGCGAAAACGGCGUAUACGUAAUCAACCAGUUUUCCACCAAAAUUCAAAUUCAGACGCAUUUUGUUCACGACGUAUUAGCGUGUUUCUUAUCAACGAAAAUGACGCAAGAUGUAUUUAUAAGAAUACUUGAGUCGUUUAUCGUUACAAAACAAUUGAAUUUUUGGAAAUCAGAUCUUAAGAUUGUGUCGUAACAGUACUGUGUUAAUUAAAAAAUAAGAUCAACAAAUAUGUUAAGAUAAUAAAUUUGUUAAAAACAACGAACUACUUAAGUACUCGACGUAAUCUAGCAGUUGGUUUUAUUAAAUGCCACCCUAUCAGCGAAAAUGACGGUAUACGUAUUUAUAGUAAUACUUGAAUACUGAUAACCAUCAGUACAAAACAAUUGAAUUUUGGAAAUUAGAUCGUAAGAUUGUGUGUCUAAACAGUAUUGUGCAAAAAAAUAAGAUCAACAAAUAUUUGAAGAUAAUAAAUGUGUUAAUAUAUA